AUGGCUAAUAUCUCUACCGUCGCGGAGUCCAAGGACAUCACCAAGCUCGAGCGAACUGGCGCUCACUCCCAUAUCCGCGGCCUCGGACUCGACGAUGCUUUGGAGCCUCGGGAUACGGCUCAGGGUAUGGUCGGCCAACAAAAGGCACGAAAAGCCGCCGGGAUCAUCCUCCGCAUGAUCCAAGAAGGCAAGAUCGCUGGCCGCGCAAUCCUCAUGGCUGGUCCUCCCGGAACUGGUAAAACCGCCAUCGCGAUGGGUAUUUCUCAGUCGUUGGGCGAGAACGUCCCUUUCACCAUGCUCGCUGCGUCCGAGAUCUUCUCGUUGGAGAUGUCGAAGACUGAGGCCCUGACGCAGGCGUUCAGGAAGAGUAUUGGUGUCCGUAUCAAGGAGGAGAGUGAGAUUAUUGAGGGAGAGGUUGUUGAGAUUCAGAUUGAUAGAUCGGUUACUGGUGGUACGAAACAAGGAAAGUUGACGAUUAAGACGACGGAUAUGGAGACGAUCUACGACCUCGGAAACAAGAUGAUCGAUGCGUUGAACAAGGAGAAAAUCUUGGCUGGAGAUGUCAUUUCUAUUGACAAGGGUUCCGGAAAGAUCUCCAAGCUCGGCCGUUCCUUCACGAGAGCAAGAGACUACGACGCCAUGGGUGCCGACACCAAAUUCGUCCAGUGCCCUGACGGUGAACUCCAGAAGCGCCGCGAAGUCGUCCACACCGUCUCCCUCCACGAAAUCGACGUCAUCAACUCCAGAACACAAGGCUUCCUCGCCCUCUUCUCCGGCGACACCGGCGAGAUCAAACCGGAAGUCCGAGAUCAAAUCAACACCAAAGUCUCCGAAUGGCGCGAAGAAGGUAAAGCAGAGAUUUGUCCUGGAGUGUUGUUCAUCGACGAGGUACACAUGCUCGACAUCGAGUGUUUCUCGUUCUUGAACAGAGCACUGGAGGAUGAGAUGGCGCCUAUUGUCAUCAUGGCCUCAAACCGUGGUAUUUCCACAAUCCGCGGAACAAACUACAAAUCCCCCCAUGGCCUCCCCAUCGACCUCCUCGACCGCGUCCUCAUCAUCUCAACAACCCCCUACACUGGCCCCGAAAUCAACCAAAUCCUCUCCAUCCGCGCUGCCGAAGAAGACGUCUCCCUAACCCCUGACGCACUCGCCAUCCUCACCAAAAUCGGAGAAGAAACGAGUUUGCGGUAUGCGAUUCACCUGAUUUCUACUAGCUCGUUGGCGGCUGCACGACGAAAGAGUACGGUCAUUGAUGUGGUUGAUGUGCAGAAGAGUUAUGCGUUGUUCAUUGAUCAGGGGAGGAGUGUGCAGUUUUUGGAGGAGCAUGAGAAGGAGUUUAUGUUUAAUGAUGUCAGUGCGGCGGGACAGACGGGGGCUACGCCUAUGCAGAUGUAA